GAGUUAACAAUUUAUAAACGUGGAGAUUUUUAAAGAAGUCAACAAAAAGAACAAAAAUGCCGAAACCAAUCAAUGUAAGAGUGACCACUAUGGAUGCUGAACUGGAAUUUGCCAUUCAGCCUAAUACAACUGGCAAACAACUUUUUGACCAGGUGGUGAAAACAGUUGGUUUGCGUGAAGUCUGGUUUUUUGGGCUGCAGUAUGUGGACAGCAAAGGUUAUUCUACAUGGCUUAAACUAAAUAAAAAGGUAACACAACAGGAUGUUAAAAAAGAGAAUCCUUUACAGUUCAAAUUCAGAGCUAAAUUCUUUCCUGAAGAUGUUUCUGAAGAAUUAAUUCAAGAAAUAACUCAGAGACGUUUCUUCUUGCAAGUCAAAGAAGCAAUCCUAAAUGAUGACAUAUAUUGCCCACCAGAAACAGCAGUGCUUUUAGCUUCCUAUGCUGUCCAAGCCAAGUAUGGAGAUUAUAAUAAAGAGAUUCAUAAACCAGGAUACCUGGCUAAUGACAGACUGCUUCCCCAGCGUGUUUUGGAGCAGCACAAAUUAACAAAAGAACAGUGGGAAGAAAGAAUCCAAAAUUGGCAUGAAGAACAUAGAGGAAUGCUAAGGGAAGAUUCUAUGAUGGAAUACCUGAAGAUUGCACAAGAUCUAGAAAUGUAUGGAGUUAACUAUUUUCAAAUAAAAAAUAAGAAGGGAACGGAAUUAUGGCUAGGUGUUGAUGCUUUGGGUCUGAAUAUUUAUGAGCAUGAUGACAAGUUGACUCCAAAAAUUGGUUUUCCCUGGAGUGAAAUCAGAAAUAUUUCAUUUAAUGACAAAAAAUUUGUUAUAAAGCCAAUCGACAAGAAGGCACCUGAUUUUGUAUUUUAUGCACCUCGUCUGAGAAUCAAUAAGCGAAUAUUGGCUUUAUGUAUGGGAAACCAUGAACUGUACAUGCGGAGAAGGAAACCUGAUACUAUCGAAGUACAGCAAAUGAAGGCUCAGGCCAGAGAAGAGAAACAUCAGAAGCAGUUAGAAAGGGCACAACUAGAAAAUGAAGAAAGAGAAAUAGCAGAAAAGGAAAAGGAAAGAAUAGAACGGGAAAAGGAGGAGCUAAUGGAACGACUAAGGCAAAUUGAAGAGCAGACAAUGAAAGCCCAGAAAGAAGUAGAAGAACAAACUCGGAAAGCCCUAGAACUGGACCAGGAAUGAAAACGAGCAAAAGAAGAAGCAGAAAGACUUGAAAAGGAGCGUCGAGCUGCUGAAGAGGCAAAAUCAGCCAUAGCAAAACAAGCUGCUGAUCAGAUGAAAAAUCAGGAACAACUAGCAGCAGAACUUGCUGAAUUUACUGCCAAGAUUGCACUCCUAGAAGAAGCCAAGAAGAAAAAGGAGGAGGAAGCUUCUGAGUGGCAGCACAAAGCUUUGGCAGCCCAGGAAGACUUGGAAAAGACCAAAGAGGAGUUAAAGACAGUAAUGUCUGCUCCACCUCCACCAGUUAUUCCUCCGACAGAAAAUGAGCAUGAUGAACAUGAUGAGAAUAAUGCUGAGGCUAGUGCUGAAUUAUCAAAUGACGGGGUCAUGAACCAUAGAAGUGAGGAGGAACGUGUAACAGAAACACAAAAAAAUGAGCGUGUUAAGAAGCAACUCUAGGCAUUAAGUUCAGAAUUAGCCCAAGCCAGAGAUGAAACCAAGAAAACACAAAAUGAUGUUCUUCAUGCAGAGAAUGUUAAAGCAGGUCGUGAUAAGUACAAGACUCUGCGGCAGAUUCGACAAGGCAAUACAAAGCAGCGUAUUGAUGAGUUUGAAGCAAUGUGGGGACCCAAACUAUAUGCGUUGUUCCAGAUGCGUUCUUGCCAAAGCAGUAUAAAGCAAAUGUAGGAAGAAAAAGCCUCCUUCCCUCAUGAGCAGGUCUCUGGCACCUGACUUGGCCACUUGAAUAUAAAGACCUACCAAGACAUGCCUGAUGCUCUGAAUGUGUAUCUCCCAAGUCUAGAAUUGCGGCAGAUGGGUGAGUGUUCCCUCAACCAGGGCUUUUGCAGAUGGUUCUUUCCACAUCUCAGUAUACUGUUGUUUUUCCCUUUCUAGCUAACUCUCUUUGUUGCUUUUCCUAAGGUAAGACCUUGGAAAGAUGGGCAUGGACCUGGGACUUCUGCAUUGACUGAACCCUACAGUCCCAAGUCAGCAUUCUUUUUUUUUUUUUUUUUACAGUACCAUCCCCACCUCACCCUCAAAUAAAGGCAUCAGCUUUUCAGAAUCUACUUUUUUUUUCUUUGCAUGACUAGCUUAUAAAGAGGGAUAUAUGGAAAGAAUUUUCAAGAAUUUUUCACUAAAAAACAAAAGUAUGUGACUUCUUUUGGGCUUAGAACUGAAAGCAUACUCAAGUGAUGUAUGGCUCUGAUCACUUUUUUGCACAUCUGUGGAAUCUGGAGGUAUCAAUGCCACAUUCCCUUUCCUGUCUGGGCUGUUUGUAUACUUGUAUAUAAAUGUAGCAAUAAAUAUAUUCUAACAUAAAAAAAA